AUGCAGUCAUCAUUCCAGAAUCUCGUCUCAAUGGGCGCUAAGAAGGUGUACACCGUCAAUAGCGGCGCGGAUUUGAAGCCGUCCGACACCGACGCAAGUCUGGCCAGCAAACAUCACAAUGCGCACGGAAUUUCCUGGUUCAUGGGCGCGGUGUUCAUCGUCGGCGACAUGAUGGGCGCCGGGAUGAUCUCCCUACCAUUGGCUCUCGGCGAAGCCGGCCUAAUUCCGGGCACCGUCAUCCUGCUGCUCGCCUCGCUAUUCUCCGGCUACACGGGCAUCCAAUUGGGCGAGAAUUGGGAAAUGAUGCAGGACCGCUGGCCGAAAUACCGUUCGCACUGUCGCCGGCCUUAUCCGGAAAUGGCGUAUCGCGCUCUAGGACCAUGGGCUCGUCAAAUCGUUGCCGUGUGUCUCGUCAUCUCGCAAUACAUGAUCGCUUCGGUUCUGAUACUGAUUUGCGCGGAGAACUUCACCAAUCUUCUCAACACCUUCACCAAUCUCCAUCUCGACUUUUGCAUUUUCAUCGUCGCCCUCGGAUUGGUCCUUUGGCCGCUUAUCAUGCUUCAAAGUCCAAUGGAUUUCUGGCAACUCGCUGUCAUCUCGGCCGCCUCGAGCACCAUCGCCGCCGCUUUAAUCGUUGCGGGCUCGGCGCACGACAUGCCAGUGUGCACGCAACAACGAAAACUGCCCGAUUUCGAGUUCAAGAGCUUCUCGCUCGCCUAUGGGACCAUCGUAUUCGCGUUCGGCGGCCACGGCGCAUUCCCAACAAUUCAACACGACAUGGCGAACCCGCACAAAUUCAAUAGAUCAGUUAUCGCGAGCUACAUACUGAUAACCAUCGUCUACCUGGCCAUCUCGAUCACCGGUCUUCUCUCCUACGGCGACAGUAUGAUUGAUACAGUAAUCCCAUCAAUCCAGAUCAAAUGGAUCGCGCAAGUCGUGAAUAUCCUCAUCACCGCUCAUAUCCUGCCGACGAUCAUCAUCGUUUUCUCGCCGUUGACCCAACAAGUCGAAGAAUGGACAAGAGUUCCCAAUAAAUUCGGAUUUUCGCGCUUCCUCGUCCGCAGCGCGAUUCUCGCGUUGUCGGUGCUCACCGCGCUUUCGGUUCUCAAACUCGGCCUAUUUGUGAACCUUGUCGGCGGCACCACCAUCACUUUGAUGACAAUGAUGCUGCCGUCGAUCUUUUGGCUUUUCAUGAAAUCAUCGGAAUUGAAACGAGACGAGAUGAUCAGCACUGGAUAUGUUCAAAGGAAUAGUCCCGAUAAUGUUCGCGCUUCGAUUUCUGACGUCUUCCACUACAUCCCAUUCCACAUUCUUCUCUUCAACGUCGUUUCCUUGACUUUCGGAAUCAUCGGAGGAAUCUCGUCGACCUGGUCCGCAAUUGAAGGCCUCGUCGUCACUGAUCAAGUAACUCCGUGCUAUAUCAACUGGAUUCGAAAUGGAUUCGAGACGCAAAUCAACGGCGGAUUUCUGCAUUGUUGCGGAGAAUUCAAAAAUGUUUCGUUCUAUGGAGAUUCUGGAAGCUCGUGCUCUUCGAAUUUCCAACCAACCUCAUUGGCAAUUUUGACGAAACAGUUUGAUUCGAAGAAUGAUUGCGAGUUUGUCGCGUAUUCCAAAUUGCGAAUAACCAGCGGUUUGGGCAACGUCAAAGUGAUCAACUAUACGAACAUCGAGAUCAUCGACACCGUCGUCGAGACGAUUAGUCUCGAUUCGCUGGAAGUCGCCGAGAAUUCGGUGUUCGUCGUCCGCAACAAUCCAUUCUUGAAAUGCGUCAAAAUUCCGAAAUUCAAACGCGAAAAUUUUCGAUUCAUAUACAUUUUCGUUGACGGCAACCCGAAAAUGGACGGCGAUUGUCUGAUGGAGUUGCUCGAAAUUUGCGACGUCGAUUGCACACGAAUUGUCGAGGAGCUCAAAUGUGAGGAGAGGCGCGGUUCGAGACCCGAAUGCACAAGCAACGAUGAAUGGAAAAAGGCGCAGGACAUCGAUGGGCAUCCGCUGUGCGAGUAUAUGAAUGGCACGAGAAUCAAAUCCGGUCACAGUGUGGUCGAUGAAGCCGAAAUGCUGACCGCGUUGAGUAGGAUCAAAGUGUUGAAUCGGUCGCACAUCGAAAUUGUCGGUCAGCGGUUCGCGAUGGUCUCGUUCAAGAAUCUCGAGCUUCUCGAUGACGUCGUCUUCUCGAUCUACGACAAUCCGCUUCUCGAGUGCGUCGAGAUUCCGCCGACGGUCAAAUCGCGAUUCGUCUACAUCUUCGUCGAGGGCAAUCCGAAGCUCGACGAGCGCUGUUUGGAGCAGCUCGACAAGAUUUGCGAUUUGACGUGCGAGAUUCAAAAGGCCGGAAGUCUCGACGGAGCGCCGCUGACACUGCUAUCAUCAUCAUCAUCAUCAUCAUCAUCAUCAUCGAGCACCUCAUCAUACAUCCUCAUGACAUUCAUCCUUUUAUGGAUUCGAUAA